UGUAGAGUUGGUUGAAAAUGAUUUUGAGAGCCUGUGAGAGGGUGGUGCUGUGUGGCUUUGAGCGGCGGUUCUCACCGUCAAAUUNGAAUUACAACAGACCGGUGACGGUAUGCGGCCUCCGUUCAAGCUACAAGGCGCGGCGACACACGAGGAUACUCUCCAAAGAAAGCAUUCAAGUCAUUCACGCUCUUAAACUCGCCAAAUCCCCCGACCACGUUCUCGACGCCAAACUCUCACGCCUUUUGAAACCUGACGCCUUGAACCUGUUCGACGAAUUGCUAAGACAAAACGAACUCAGUUUAUCCGUCAAGGUUUUCCACUUCAUUCGCAAGGAGGUGGGGCAUGAUANGCUGCUGCAACUCUACGCCGACAUGAUUCUGUUGCUCGGAAGAAACAAGAAAAUCGACAUGGCGGAGGAGCUGUUCUCUGAAGUUUUGGAGAAGGGACUGAAACCGGACACGAGGAUAUGCGGUGAGAUGAUUGGGGCGUAUUUGCAAGCUGGGAUGACGGAGAAGGCGAUAGAGAUAUACGGGUCCAUGAAAGAAUGGGGUUGUACCCCCGAUAAGUUCAUUUUCACCGUACUUAUCACAAAUUUAGAAAGAAACGGACGACAACAACAUCAACAACUGGUAGAGUCUCUCAAACAAGACUGUCUUCACUAUGUGGAGUUCCCUGAUAAAUUCCUUCAACAACUUCAAGAAGAUAAACCAAGAAAGAGACGUGUCGAUCUUGUGUGAAAUUUUGCAGCUUUUGCUUCAGGGUGGUGUUGUUGGCUCUUGUUUACACAAAAUUAAACUUGAGUUGAAAUUUCAUGUUACGGUGAUUAUUAUAUGCUCAUGGCAUGUAAAAAGUAGACUUGUAUCUCAUAAAUCUGAUGAUGUUUUCACGAGUUA